AUGGUUUCCCACUGCAAUGUUCUCUUCAAAAAAGAGAUUCCCAGCGAGCAGUCACUGGCAAAUAUAGAUGAGUUGAUAGCUGAAGCGGAAGAAAAAAUUCGCGAACUAGACGAUGAAACUAGAGACCUACUACGUGGUCGCUGGCAAACAGAGGAUAAAGGACAAGAGAUUGUUCAGGAUGCAAAGGAUAUGAUAAAAGUACUAUUCUCUAGAAUACAGGAUGUUCAAGAUCGAGCUACUAGAUCAGAAGAAAUGGUACAAGACAUCACUCGGGAUAUACAGCAACUUGAUCAAGCCAAGCGUAACCUAACUGUUUCCAUAACUGCCCUCAAUAAUUUAAUUCUUAUCGUGAACACCAUUGAUCGUCUGAACGAAUUACUUGGAAUACAAAGUUCAGUGAAUGAUCCAAUGUUUUUUGCGAAGAGCAAUGACACAAAUGCCAGUGCUCAGAAUCCAUUUUUAGAAGUUGACUCUGAAUCCUGGAUGAAUGAAAACCAUCCACCUGAAAAAACAAAGUUUCAAAGAUUUGUACCGUCCUUUUUGGCCGAAAUAUCAAAUUUAUUAGCUCAAGUUCAACGCUUAUUACAACCUAUGCUGUUAGCCUAUGGUUCAGUGUCAUCUGUUGCUGGAUUAUCUCGAGAAUUGGAUUCCAUUCAUUCAGUCCUUGCAGAUCGUUUGACUAAGGAACUCAAACUGUUACUAGCAGCUACUCGAACAGUUACAGAUAACAAGGAACUGAUUUUAUCAGCCUGUGAACUAGUUGACUUACUCCCUAAGAGUUUUCAUCUCGAUUCGGAUAUUGUAAAUUGGUUUAUCUCUCAUCAUCUAACUGAGUAUAAGGAGCUAUUCGAUCCAACACAGACUACUGCUUGGUUGGAUAAAAUCGAUCAGCGAUACAACUGGUUAAGAAUUAAUUUGGUCCCCUUAGAACGUUUAUUUAUUUCAGUGUUUCCUCCCUCUUGGCUGGUGACUGAAAGAUUUGUUUUGGAGUUUUGUCAUAUUACACGUGGUGGCUUAGAAACUGUUAUGAAACGACGUCAGUCGGAACUUACCCAUAAUCUAAUUGUUUUCGCAUUGCAACGCACCUUAUCCUUCGAGGCCAGUUUGAAUAAAGCAUAUACGUCUGAAGCGCUAGAAGAAUUACAAUCUAUGAUAGUUAGCGGUAAGAGUAUGGAGCGUUCAUCUAAUCCAUUUGAUGAUAAUGAGGAUGAGGAAGAUGGUUUAGAUGAUGCACAAUCUAAAAAUCCUGCAGAGGCUAAGGAUGAUUCAUCAACAAAUGAUUCUAAACACAAUUGGAAAAAGCAGAUUUUUGAUGGAAUUAUAUCUGGCUGUUUCGACCAAUUCUUUGACCUCUAUUUGGUUCAUUUGGAUAAAGGUCUGAGAGAACAAAUGACAAAUCGUUUGAUUGGUGAUUUCACUGUUAAUAAAUCAAGUUUUGAAAACAGGGAUCUUGGAGAUGUAUUCAGAGAUGACAAUCCAUUUGACACUGUACAAAUCAAACCAAAUCCGAAUGACCCUGGCGAGAAUACUCUAUAUUCUGCUACAGAUUUAUUCUUGUUCUAUAAACAAAUCUUGAAACAAACUCUCCAGUUGAAUCGGGGUCAUGGUUUGUUAGGACUUGUUCGUCUUUUAAGGCAGUAUUUGUCUGAAUACACGGUUCGUGUGCUCUUGGCUCAAAUUCCAGGCUUAGCGAUUACCAAUACUAGUGGAACUAACGUUGGUUUAUCUGCACCGGAUGUUGCAGCGAAAAUGGCGGCAUUCGGUUUAAGCAGUCUCUCAGCUCUUGGACUUGGUCGUGGUCAAACGGGACUCGGUGCAGCUCUAGAAAAUAUUAGGACACAAACAAAAUACAGUUCUGCGCAAUCUGAUCUGAUAAGUUCAUCAAGCAACCAGGUGAUUAGCAAUUUACUUCGUGAUGAUGUACAAGGAGUUCGACUGAGUAAGGAUGAUGUCUACAAGGUGUGUGUCAUACUUGUUACAGCAGCAUUUUGUCUGAAGACUGUUGAAGAUUUAGAGAAGCGUCUAAAACAUGAAAUCAGACCACCUAGCUGGGGUUCAAAAAUAUCAUUUGCUUCUGAACUUGAUGGUUUAGCAACUUGUAGAUCUGUUUGUGUCCACCGCCUGGUUGCCGACUUGGAAGCUGGUGUUGAACCUCAGCUAGUCGCUAUGGCACGUUUACCUUGGAAUAAUCUUGUACAAGUUGGGGACCAAAGCGCGUAUGUUACAGCCAUUGUAAAUCAUCUUCGCACUCAAAUCCCACUGAUACGAGAAACAUUGUACACCGUCAGGCCAGCUUUUACUCAAAUAUGUAUAAAGUUUGCUGAUGCAUUAAUUGCGAGAUUCGUUAAUGCCUUAUAUCGUUGCAAACCGGUCAAUACUUUUGGAGCUGAACAGCUUUUAUUGGAUACUCAAUCGUUAAAGGCUUCUCUUCUUCAAAUGCCUCUUCUUGGAGCUAAGUUUACUCAGACACCUCCACGAAGCUUUACAAAUCUAGUUCAUGAAGGUAUGGGGAAGGCGGAACGUAUAAUCAAAGCAGUUAUGUUACCAGUUGGUGUCGCUACGCCAGGAAAGCAAGAGUCAACAACUCCUCCAAGUGGAUUUGUAAUGGGUCCAGUUGAUACAAAUGCAGCUAAUGUAUUUUUAGCUAGUUACGAACAAUUAUUACCUGAUCUAACUCAAACUGAUCUACAAAAUGUUUUGGAUAUGAAAGGUGUGAAAUUCAGUGAACAACAGUUGAUUUUAGAAAUAUUUCGUAGUAGAAAUGAAUUUAAGUCAGCGAUGAAAGAAAAAACACCUGAAGUAACGUUAUUUUGUUCUGUUGCAGAUACUGCUAUCACUGCUAGCACUUUUGUUAGUACUGCGAUUACUAACGUAGCUUUGACAGGGAUAACGACAGUUACCGCGACCACCACUGCUCUUACAAGUUCCUUUGUAGCUACACUGAACUCUCCAAAUAAUCAGCACCAAAAAUCGAAGCAGUCUGUGUCGACCUCAAUGAAUCCAUUCGAUUCAUCUUCACCAGUAGAAGAGCGGGAGCAAAUAACAGAUAGGAAAGGAAAAAUAGAAAAGUUAUUGAAUAAAAGACGAUAAGACUAUUACCGAAUUGUAAUUUUUGAAUGUUAAUUUUAAUGAAUAAUUAGUAUCUUCAUUGUUGCUUUAACUUCGUUUAUUUUUUUCUCAACUCGGUCGAGUUUAUUC